CAUUGUUAGAGACCGUUUAAUCACUCGCAUACAGAUUUCACCGAAAGAACUCUUGUCAAUAGUGAUGUCUUCUAUUUCUCUCCUCCAGCGCCUCGUGAGAUGGCGCCCGUGGGUGUCGAGAGACGAUCCGAAGCAAGCCGUCAAAGUUCUUGUCACGGGAGCCGCAGGGCAGAUCGGGUAUGCCAUCGUCGGGAUGAUCGCGAGGGGCCUGAUGCUAGGACCCGACCAGCCGGUGGUCCUCCACAUGCUCGACCUCCCGCGCGCCGCCGACGCCCUGAACGGCGUCAGGAUGGAGUUGAUUGACGCUGCGCUGCCUCUGCUCAGAGGCGUUGUGGCGACGAGCGAUGAGGCCGAGGCGUUCAAGGGCGUCAACGUGGCCAUCUUGAUCGGCGGAUGGCCGAGGAAAGAAGGGAUGAAGAGGAAAGACCUAAUCGCCAAGAACGUCCCCAUCUACAAGUCCCAGGCCUCCGCUCUGCAGCAGCACGCUGCGCCGAACUGCAAGGUUCUAGUGGUGGCUAACCCUGCGAACACCAACGCGCUCGUCCUCAAGGAGUUCGCCGGCGGGAUCCCCGCCAAGAACAUCACCUGCCUCACACGGCUCGACCACAACCGCGCGCUGGGCCAGGUCGCCGAGAAGCUGAACGUACCCGUCGGCGACGUCAAGAACGCCAUCAUAUGGGGGAACCACUCCUCGACCCAGUUCCCUGAUGCCAGCCACGCCACCGUCAAGACCGAGCUCGGCGAGAGACCGGUGAAAGAGCUUGUCGCCGACGAGAAAUGGCUGAGGGAGGAGUUCGUCAGCACCGUCCAGCAGCGCGGCGCGGCCGUGAUCAAGGCACGGAAACAGUCGAGCUCGCUGUCCGCCGCCAGCGCCGCCUGCGACCACAUGAGAGACUGGGUCCUUGGCACCCCAAAGGGUACCUGGGUCUCCAUGGGCGUCUGCUCCGACGGAAGCUACGGCAUCCCCGAAGGCACCUUCUUUUCGUUCCCGGUGACUUGCGACAAGGGCGAGUGGUCAAUCGUGCAGGGUCUUCAGAUUGACGACUUUGCACGCUCCAAGAUGGAGGCCUCGGCAAGCGAACUCAAGGAAGAGAAGGCCGUGGCAAUAAAUAUCCUCUGA